GAUGGCACGCGCGACCGGUGUGGGCACGUCCCAAUCCCUCGCGCCUCGUCUCGGCAACUCGCUCUGCAGGUUAUCCCGGUGAAUCACUCCUCGGUCGGCUAUAAGUAGGACAACUUUCCUCAUGGUUUCAUUUUCCUUCUCCCUCUCGCAACAGGGACUUUGUUUUCAGACACCAUGAGUAAGUCCAACAGCCUGAGAGUGAAGAGCUUUUUUAAGUUAAAAUCACCUGAUAAAGAAAGCAAGGACCUGAAACCGUCGGACUCCCUCAAAGAUGGAGUAUCGACUUUACCGACGAGCCCCGGUCCUCUCAGCCCGGGACUCAACGCCACACUGGCCGGUGAUGUUGCACCCGCUCCCCCAAAAGAAAAGAAGGGAAAGCGGCUGUUGUCAUUCAAGAUGAGACGGAAGAAAUCCAAGCGCAAGGAAGAAGAAGGAGAAGAUGUGUUAUUCACUGAUGAACUGGGCAGCUUCAACAAACAACUGAGCUACGACCAGAUGAGUGUUUCCACAGAGUGCAGUUUCCGGACUGAAUCGGACUGGGACCCUUAUUCUGAGUCUACCUCCAUGAUAAACUUCGACAUGACUCAGCCACACGGGCCCACUUCCCCCUCAAAGUUCUUUAAGAGUUCGGAGGACAAGAGGGGAGUGUUCGAUCGCCUCAGCAAUUUCUUCAGCCACAGGAGAAAAAAGAGCAGCAGCAGUAGGCGGCAUUCAGAGGCCUCCGAUUCAAUUUCCCCAACGUCCCCCCUGUCUCCACAUUCACUCCAGUCUUUACAGGAGGAUGGCCUAAAGACACCAACUUCUUCUCGAAAAGACAGUGAACUAAGAGGGUUUUCUUAUGGAGAAGACAGAACGGGAGCAGAGUAUGUUGACACCCUCAGCUCCAGUCCCAGCGCCUUAAGCGUGGCUUCUCUGUCGACAGACGGAGCAGAGCUCCCAUUCGCAGAUAGUAACAGCAGUGGCCGAAGCAGCGUGAGGGAGGUGCACGUGUGCAGGGUUAGCACAGCCAGCAAUGGAAGUAAUUCUGGGAAUUUGACUCCCACCACUCUGGAUCUUGCUACUACCACUCAUCCAAGUGCUGAUUCGAGCUCAACACCAGGCUUUGCAGAGACACUGAUGGAGGAAGUGAGCAAGAGGCUGCAGGUCAGUUUGGAUGAAAGUGUCCUGAAGAAUACCGGGAGUUCCAGUGAGGAUAACGCAGUUGGUCGGACCACACUGUUGGCGUUGAACAGCCCCCUUUCCAAGGCAGCUGAGACCCCAAAGUCACCUAACUUGACUUCUAUAAGCUUAGCGUCAAAUAAAACAUCAGUGAAGGUUGGAGAGAAGGGGCACAGGACUGUGCUGAGAGGAAUAACUUUAGGCUCUCAGUCGUCCACCCCACACCUCAUCUCGACCCAACAGGAAGAUGAAAACUACCUGGACAUGGUGAGGGAAAACAAGAGGAGGGGUCAGGUAUUCUCUUGGGACACUCCAGCAGAGGCAUUUAGCACGUCACCUGAAGAGGAGCAAGUGCCCAGAGGAGAUUCUCCUGUCCAACUCCACAAAGCCAUAUGGGUGGAAACAUACCUGGGAGCUGAGGAAGAAGGGGAAGGGGAGAGGGAGGGGGAGAAAGAGAAGGAUAUAAUUCAACGAGGGGAGGAAGGCUUCAGAGCGGACUCGCCUCCCGUGCUGGCUAUACCUGUCACAGUAAUUGCUGAGGACGACUCAUUCCCCCAGUGCGCUGCAGAAAGAAGGGCUUCUACCCCCUCCGAGACUUUGACGUCCAGUGGCAGCUUGCCAGAAUCUUCCAUCUCCUUGGCACCGACAACAGGAGAGUUGACACAGCCAGAGGAGCCUGACACUGGCAUAGACUCAAAGCAAAGUUCACAACCGGAGAAACGCAGAUCGAGAGAAAUUCGCGUUACACGCAAGACUGUAAAUCUGCCUUCGAAGCACAAGGUAUUUGCCCACAAAGUCCACGUUAGCCCGGAGCCAAGUUUGGAUGGAAACGAACCAGCGGGAGAAAAGCUCGGCAGAGUUUCGACAACAAAGACUUCAGAAACAACAGAAAGGAAACUACUCCAAAACAACAACAAUGUGGAUCUCAAGGAAGCCAACCUUGAGCCAUUUCCAACAACAUAUGAGACUACACACUCUGACACAAAUACUCCUGAACCCAUAGUUAAAGAAAAAACAGACUGUGAGGCCUCUGACUUUGAAAAUACCUCAGCAACCUCAGACAUGUCCCGAGCGGUGAGAUCUGGGCUAAGAGACCCAGGGACUAACCAGGCUACAACCUCUAAACAAGGGGUUAAAGCUGCAGCAGAAAGUCGGCAUACCACGGCAAGUGGAGCAAAGACCCCAUCCUCAGCAGCUGGCAGCAAGGCCAAAAUUGUGACAACAAAGGCUAAGGCCUCCACAGAGAGCACACAAGUGGGGAAACCCAGUGAUAUGCCACCAAAGAGGGAACAUAGCAAUGAUAAAACAGUUUCUGUGUUACCAAAAUUAAAAGAUCAAAGCACCAGUGGUCCCUCAAGUCCAACAGGUUCAAAGUCUAAAAUCCCCAAAAGGUCAGCAUCAGAUGCUGAUGUGAAAUCACCAGUGACACCAGAUAAAACAUCAGUGACCGAUGCCUCCGGGCCAGCGUUCACUGCUAAACUGCAGAAACAACCCAAAACCAAAGAAGCUUUGAAAUCUCCGGUCACUACAACCAAGGCUGGCAGGAAACACAGUUUUGAAGAAGCCAAGGGUGGGAAAGCUCCGUCAGGAGGCAUUUCUCCCACAAAAACAUUACACAAGACGGGAACAAAGCUUAUUAAAGAAAAGUCAGAUGAGGACAGUGACUCUAUAAACCUGUUCAACGGUGUGGAGAAAGGGCACGAGGAGAAUAGUACUAAAACAGGACACCCAACUGGCUGGGAGGGCCUGGAUGUAAAAAAAACAAGGGCAAAACCGUCUGGAGAAUAAUGCCUCCCUGGCAUCAAAGAGUCGGUUGCCCAUUUCAUCUCCAACAAGAAAGAAUAACGAUGAGAUAACUAAAACAAGUGGCACCAACU